AUGUUUAUGUUCAACAAUGCUCAAAAUUCAAGUGGAUGUAUUGAAUUAUUUGUUGAGUAUUCACCUGUAAGAAGUUCAGAAAUCUCACCGGUUGUUGAUUGUUGUAUUGGAUCAUCUGCGAGGGUUGAACUUAUGAGCUCUGACUGUGGUAUUGGAUCAUCUGCGAGGGUUGAACUUAUGAGCUCUGACUGUGGUAUUGGAUCAUCUGCGAAGGGUGAACAUAUGAACUUUGAUCAUAGUAUGAAUGAGCAGAGAGAUGUUGUAGAUGCUGUUGAUGUUGGUGUUGGAUUGAAUGAUGAGGUAGAUGUUGCAGAUGUUCUUAAUGAGCCAACAGCACUAUCUGAUACUGAGCCAGAACCCGAUCUCUAUGAUGGUGAUGGUUCUUCUGAUGAUGGUGAUGGUUCUUCUGAUGAUGAGAUAAUACCAUGUAAACCUGUUGUACAAGGUGAAAAACCACUUUCGGAAUACAACACUAAGGGGUUGAAAUUCUUUCGCGAAUUACCAAGUCAUCCUUUUGGAGUAUCUGAUGAUGUUGUUGAUAAUGAACACAUCGAUUUGUAUUGGGAUGAGAAAGAACCGCAUCGGAUUGUGUUGGGAACAAAAUUUGAUUCCAAGCUUCAUGUGAAGACUGCUAUAACUAUGUGGAGUUUGUGGCAGGAUAAACAGUUAAAGGUCGUCGAGAGCAAAUUAAGAAGGUGGCAUGCCGUAUGCAAAUUCCCAGCAGGAACGACAGCAACAAGUAUAGGCAUCAUCAGCACCACCAACGCUGAAAAAUCGAUGGAAUGUAAGUGGGAGAUUUCAGUUACACAAAGGGCGCAUGACGAUACGUGGGAAGUUAGAAAGUGGGUGGGUCGACAUACUCGUGUAGGCCAUCGUGCUAACAGAGAUCAUGCUAACUUCUCAUCAGCAAUGAUUGCUCUGUGUAUUCGACAUCAUGUGCGACAAUGUGCCGAUUUCAAGGUCUUCUCAAUAAUAGCUGAUGUUCAAGACAGAUUUGGUGUGUCGAUCAGUUAUAAGAAGGCAUGGUAUGCAAAGAGAAAGUCACAUAAUGCGGGCACAAUUGUUGAGUGGAAGCACAACGAGCUGUUGAGUCAGAGACGUACAAAUGUGUUUAACUAUGUUUUCUGGGCAUUUGGGCCUGCAAUACAUGCUUUCCAGAAGGCAGCACCAGUUUUAACAAUAGACGGGACUCACCUCCAAGGAAGAUUUAAAGGUAAGCUGCUUGUUGCUUGUGGUUUUGAUGCUAACAAAACAUGCUUGCCUAUUGCAUAUGCUGUGGUGGAUGAAGAAACCAAUGACAGUUGGUCGUGGUUUUUGGAUCAUGUAAGAACUCAUGUGGUGAAGUACGAGAGGGAGGUGUGCAUUAUAUCAUGA